CAUUUGGGGGAUAUCUGUACUGUCCUGACAUUUGGGGGAUAUUUGUGUGCCGUCCUGACAUUUGGGGGAUAUCUGUACCGUCCUGACAUUUGGGGGAUAUCUGUACUGUUCUGACAUUUGGGGGAUAUCUGUACCGUCCUGACAUUUGGGGGAUAUCUGUACCGUUCUGACAUUUGGGGGAUAUCUGUACCGUUCUGACAUUUGGGGGAUAUCUGUACCGUUCUGACAUUUGGGGGAUAUCUGUACCGUUCUGACAUUUGGGGGA